AUGCGGACGCCGCUGAUGGCGCUGCUGGCGCUGGUGUUGGCCGGCAGCGCGAAGGCGGGUGACAUUGUUAGUCUCCUGCCGUCCGACUGCGCGCGCAACGCCUCAGAGCGAGCCGAGAACGCCAGCAUCUUCUGCGACUGUCUCAAGGACAGCGGCGUGGACACGGAGGCGGGCCUGCUACGACAAAUGCGCUCCGAUCUGGGCGUGCUGGUGGCGGCGUACAACUGCACCAAGCUGUACGCCGACACCACGCAUCAGCAGCUGCACUUCCCCGUGUACUACUCGGCGCCGUACCGCACGGUGGGCGCGCUCUUCCAGGGCGCCAUCUUCGCCGUCGGCUUUCUCGGCAACGUGAUGGUGGUGGUGGUGGUGCGCCGCUCCCGCAGCAUGCACACGCCCACCAACUGCUAUCUGGUGAGCUUGGCCGUGGCCGAUAUCACCGUGCUGAUCGCCGCCGUACCCAACGAGAUCGCCAUGUACUUCCUGGUGGCGCAGGCCUGGAUCUGGGGCAACGCCGGCUGCGCCAUCCUCGUUUUCCUGCAGAACAUGGGCAUCAACGCGUCGGCCCUGAGCGUGACGGCGUUCACUGUGGAGCGCUACAUCGCCAUCUGUUGGCCGCUGAAGGCACGCACCAUCUGCACGGUGCAGCGCGCCAAGCGGAUCAUCCUCGCCGUUUGGGCCUUCGCCUUCUGCUACUGCGUGCCCUGGGCGUUCCUCACUAAGGUGGUGCCAGUGCGCUACAUCGGCGUCAGCGACGUGCAGGAGUGCACGUUCAAGCUGUCGCGGCAGACCUACCUGGGCUACUUCUUCGCCGACAUGGUGCUGUUCUACGUGGUGCCGCUGGUCAUCUCCAGCGUGCUCUACACCAUGAUCGCCGUCGUCGUGUUCCGACCGCCGCAGAUCCUGAAGCAGAUGGGUGGGCCGGCGGCGGCCGUCGCAGACGUCCGCUCCUCCAACAGUGCGCGGGUGCAGGUGAUCAAGAUGCUGGUGAUGGUGGUCUCUCUGUUCGCCCUGCUUUGGCUGCCGUAUAGAAGCAUGCUCGUGUACAACUCAUUCGCCCAGACGCCUGAGGAGAAGUACAUGGACCUGUGGUUUCUCAUGUUUGCCAAAACAUGUGUCUACAUCAACAGGUAA